ACACACACAGAUAGGAGAAGGGCACCAGCUCGAGCCACUUGCAGGACUGAGGGUUCUUGCAACGAAACCCUAGUAGUCUGAAGAACUAUAAGCCAGGUUUAAUUAGUUUCUUUUUCUCGUGGGUAGAGUUAAUAUUUUUCUACUUAUUCUGACAAAGAAAUAAUCCCGAAGCACAUUCCUAUUUCCCACCUGCUUUUAGUUUCUGGGAUAACCUAAACUGCAGAGAGCUAUAGCAUCCACUCUGUCCUUUCUGCUUUGCACACAGAUGGGGUGGCUGGACGAGAGCAGCUCUUGGCUCAGCAAAGAAUGCACAGUAUGAUCAGCUCAGUGGAUGUAAAGUCAGAGGUUCCUGUGGGCCUGGAGCCCAUCUCACCAUUAGACCUAAGGACAGACCUCAGGAUGAUGAUGCCUGUGGUGGACCCUGUUGUCCGUGAGAAGCAGCUCCAGCAAGAGUUACUUCUCAUCCAGCAGCAGCAACAAAUUCAGAAGCAACUCCUGAUCGCAGAGUUUCAGAAACAGCAUGAGAAUUUGACACGGCAGCACCAGGCUCAGCUUCAGGAGCACAUCAAGUUGCAACAGGAACUUCUAGCCAUAAAACAACAACAAGAACUCCUAGAAAAGGAGCAGAAACUGGAGCAGCAGAGGCAAGAACAGGAAGUAGAAAGGCAUCGCAGAGAACAGCAGCUUCCUCCUCUCAGAGGCAAAGAUAGAGGACGAGAAAGUAAGAGGCACCAGGGGGCAGUGGCAAGUACAGAGGUAAAGCAGAAGCUUCAAGAAUUCCUGCUGAGUAAAUCAGCAACAAAAGACACUCCAACUAAUGGAAAAAAUCAUUCCGUGAGCCGCCAUCCCAAGCUCUGGUACACGGCUGCCCACCACACAUCACUGGAUCAAAGCUCUCCACCACUUAGUGGAACAUCCCCGUCCUACAAAUACACAUUACCAGGAACACAAGACGCAAAGGAUGAUUUCCCCCUUCGAAAAACUGCCUCUGAGCCCAACUUGAAGGUGCGGUCCAGGUUAAAACAGAAAGUGGCAGAGAGGAGAAGCAGCCCCUUACUCAGGCGGAAGGAUGGAAAUGUUGUCACUUCAUUCAAGAAGCGAAUGUUUGAGGUGACAGAAUCCUCAGUCAGUAGUAGUUCUCCGGGGUCUGGUCCCAGUUCACCAAACAAUGGGCCAACUGGAAACGUUACUGAAAACGAGACUUCAGUUUUGCCCCCUACUCCUCAUGCUGAGCAAAUGGUUUCACAGCAACGCAUUCUAAUUCAUGAAGAUUCCAUGAACCUGCUAAGUCUUUAUACCUCUCCUUCUUUGCCCAACAUUACCUUAGGACUUCCAGCAGUGACAUCCCAGCUCAAUGCUUCAAAUACACUGAAAGAAAAGCAGAAAUGUGAGACCCAGACACUCAGGCAAGGUGUUCCUCUGCCUGGGCAGUAUGGGGGCAGCUUCCCAGCGUCUUCAAGCCAUCCCCAUGUCACUUUAGAGGGAAAGCCCAACAGCAGCCACCAAGCUCUCCUGCAACAUUUAUUACUGAAAGAACAAAUGCGACAGCAAAAACUUCUUGUGGCUGGUGGAGUGCCCUUACAUCCUCAGUCUCCCUUGGCGACAAAAGAGAGAAUUUCACCUGGCAUUAGAGGUACCCACAAAUUGCCCCGUCACAGACCCCUGAAUCGAACCCAGUCUGCACCUCUGCCUCAGAGCACAUUGGCUCAGCUGGUCAUCCAGCAGCAACACCAGCAGUUCUUGGAGAAGCAGAAGCAGUACCAGCAGCAGAUCCACAUGAACAAACCAGCAAGGCAACAGCUCGACUUUGCUGGGGGAUCACCUCCAGAUGUUCAACCAAAGAGAGACACUGCCACCCCACUGAGACUGCUUUCGAAAUCUAUUGAACAACUGAAGCAACCAGGCAGCCACCUUGAGGAAGCAGAGGAAGAGCUUCAGGGGGACCAGGCGAUGCAGGAAGACAGAUCGCCCUCUAGUGGCAACAGCACUAGGAGCGACAGCAGUGCUUGUGUGGAUGACACACUGGGACAAGUUGGGGCUGUGAAGGUCAAGGAGGAGCCAGUGGACAGUGAUGAAGAUGCUCAGAUCCAGGAAAUGGAAUCUGGGGAGCAGGCUGCUUUUAUGCAACAGCCCUUCCUGGAGCCCCAGCACACACGUGCGUUCUCGGUCUGCCAAGCUCAGCUGGCUGUGGUUGGCAUGGAUGGAUUAGAAAAACAUCAUCAUGUCUCCAGGACUCAUUCUUCCCCUGCUUCCUCCAUUUUACCUCACCCAGCCAUGGACCGUCCUCUCCAGCCUGGCUCUGCAACUGGAAUUGCCUAUGACCCUCUGAUGCUGAAACACCAGUGCAUUUGUGGCAAUUCCACCACCCACCCUGAACAUGCUGGACGAAUACAGAGCAUCUGGUCUCGCCUGCAAGAAACUGGGCUGCUAAAUAAAUGUGAGCGAAUUCAAGGUCGAAAAGCCAGCCUGGAGGAAAUACAGCUUGUUCAUUCUGAACAUCACUCACUGUUGUAUGGCACCAACCCCCUGGAUGGACAGAAGCUGGACCCCAGGAUACUCCUAGGUGAUGACUCUCAAAAGUUUUUUUCCUCAUUACCUUGUGGUGGACUUGGGGUGGACAGUGACACCAUUUGGAAUGAGCUGCACUCGUCCGGUGCUGCACGCAUGGCUGUUGGCUGUGUCAUCGAGCUGGCUUCCAAAGUGGCCUCAGGAGAGCUGAAGAAUGGGUUCGCUGUUGUGAGGCCCCCAGGCCAUCACGCUGAAGAAUCCACAGCCAUGGGGUUCUGCUUUUUUAAUUCAGUUGCAAUUACCGCCAAAUACUUGAGAGACCAACUAAAUAUAAGCAAGAUAUUGAUUGUAGAUCUGGAUGUGCACCAUGGAAACGGUACACAGCAGGCCUUUUAUGCUGACCCCAGCAUCCUGUACAUUUCACUCCAUCGCUAUGAUGAAGGGAACUUUUUCCCUGGCAGUGGAGCCCCAAAUGAGGUCGGAACAGGCCUGGGAGAAGGAUACAAUAUAAAUAUUGCCUGGACAGGUGGCCUUGAUCCCCCCAUGGGCGAUGUUGAGUACCUGGAAGCAUUCAGGACUGUUGUGAUGCCUGUGGCCAAAGAGUUUGAUCCAGACAUGGUCCUAGUUUCUGCGGGAUUUGAUGCAUUAGAAGGCCACACCCCUCCUCUGGGAGGGUACAAAGUGACAGCAAAAUGCUUUGGUCAUUUGACGAAGCAAUUGAUGACACUGGCUGAUGGACACGUGGUGUUGGCUCUAGAAGGAGGACACGAUCUCACAGCCAUCUGUGAUGCAUCAGAAGCCUGUGUAAAUGCCCUUCUAGGAAAUGAGCUGGAGCCGCUUGCAGAAGAUAUUCUCCACCAAACUCCGAAUAUGAAUGCUGUUAUUUCUUUACAGAAGAUCAUUGAAAUUCAAAGCAAGUACUGGAAGUCGAUAAGGAUUGUGGCUGUGCCAAGGGGCUGUGCUCUGGCUGGCACUCAGUUGCAAGAGGAGACAGAGACUGUUUCUGCCUUGGCCUCCCUGACGGUGGAUGUGGAACAGCCCAUUGCUCAGGAAGACAGCAGAACUGCUGGUGAGCCUAUGGAAGAGGAGCCAGCCUUGUGAAGUGCCAAGUACCCCCCCCCAUAUUUCCUGUGUGUGACAUCAUUGUGUAUCCCCCCACUCCAGCCCCCUCAGACAUGUCUUGUCUGCUGCCUGGGUGGCACAGAUUCGAUGGAACAUAAACACUGGGCACAAAAUUCUGAACAGCAGCUUCACUUGUUCUUUGGAUGGACUUGAAAGGGCAUUAAAGAUUCCUUAAACGUAACCGCUGAGAUUCUAAAGUUACAGUAAACCACGAUUGGAAGAAACUGCUUCCAGCACGCUUUUAAUAUGCUGGGUGACCCACUCCUCGACACAAAGUAUGAGCUAGAAACAUCUAAUAUAGCAUUAGAUAUUGUUAUUUUCAGAAGUUAUGACAGCCAGGGAAAUUUUGGGCAAAACGUGAGACAUACUCAUUCCUGACAUUCUGGUCAAUUUUUAUUAGAUUUUUUUUUUUUUCAAAUAGUCUUAAAUUGU